CCACUUUGUUUGCUGAAUUGAAAAGCUAAUAGAUUUGCAAAAGACUUCAGAGGUUUGGGUUGUCAGUACCAAAAUGGUUUCCUCUACGGCAGCUGUGCUGCUUUUCACUUGGCUUUAUUCAGUGAAGGCAGGCCCACUAGAUGGUUAUUUGAGAACAGAAGGAGCAUGGAUAAAGCCUAUCCUCAGAAAUUCUUAUGUGACUUCUAGUGAUAUACUAUGUGCUGAAAAAUGUGACUCUGAGACAAGGUUUACAUGCAGGUCAUUUGUGUACAUCCAGAAGGGGCAAGAAUGCAUUACAUUUACAGAUACAAGUAAAACAACCCCAGUGCAGCGGACAAUGGAUGCUGUGUUAUAUGAAAAGAAAUUAUACCUUCAAGAAUGCAAGACAAACAAUGGUGUUGACUACAGAGGAACCAUGUCUAAAACAGCAUCAGGAAAAACCUGUCAGCCAUGGGCGAGCACAACCCCACACAAACCCAACAUUACCCCAGCAACUCACCCAACGGCUGAUUUGGUGUCAAACUACUGUAGAAAUCCUGACAAUGAUCCCAAUUCACCAUGGUGCUACACAACAGAUCCAGCUGUAAGAUGGGAACACUGCUCAAUACCUGACUGCAACGAAGAGUGCAUUUACUGCAGUGGAGAAGACUACCGUGGCAAAGUUUCAAAAACAGAAAAUGGCUAUGAAUGUCAGCGUUGGGACUCCCAGUUUCCACACAAGCAUGGUUACCUUCCAAAUAUUUUACCAGACAAAUACCUGGAAGAGAACUAUUGCCGAAAUCCAGAUGGAGAGCCUCGACCAUGGUGCUUCACAACAAACCCUAACAAACGCUGGGAGCUAUGUGCUCUCCCUCGAUGCACUUCCAAGCCUCCAGAAAUUAUUUCGGAAGUGAGCUGUAUCACAGGAGAAGGAAAUGCCUACCGUGGGACAAUAGCAGUGACUGAGAAUGGGAAGACAUGUCAGGCUUGGAAUGCACAAAGUCCUCAUAAACAUUCCAGAACUCCAGAAAAUUAUCCUUGCCAAGCACUGGAGAACAACUACUGCCGAAAUCCUGAUGGUGCAAGAAUGCCCUGGUGUUAUACAACAGACUCAAAUACACGAUGGGAAUAUUGUCAUGUACCAAAAUGCAAUGCAGAGGCUGAAACUGAAAUAGCACCUCCUGCUGCUUCACGGGAUUGUUAUGAAGAUAAUGGCUCUGGAUACCGUGGAUUUAUUUCUGAAACUGUCAGUGGCAAGAAGUGCCAGGCCUGGGCUUCUUCAACACCUCAUUCUCACAACAAGACACCUCAGAAUUAUCCAAAUGCAGACCUGAAAAAAAAUUUCUGCAGAAAUCCUGACAAUGACCGCUCUCCUUGGUGUUACACAAUUGAUCCUUCUGUACGUUGGGAAUUCUGCAAAAUCGACAAGUGCAACAUCCCUGAUGUUUCUGUGAAACCCUCGGUUGAUGUGCCCAGCCCCCAAAAGCCAGAACCCACGAUUCCACCAGUGGUUGUUAAACCAGAAAAUAUCGAAGAUUGCUUGGAUGGCAAUGGUGUGGACUACAGAGGCCGUGUAUCAAUUACUGCUUCAGGAGUUACAUGUCAGGCUUGGGCAUCCAACACACCCCAUGUGCACAGCAGCUUUAAUCCCUCAACUCACCCAGACAAAGGCCUUGAUGCAAAUUAUUGUAGAAAUCCAGAUGGAGAUGUGAAUGGACCAUGGUGCUACACAACUGAUCCAGCUAGGAAAUGGGAUUACUGUCAAAUUCCACAGUGUGAUUCCCAAGUGUGUGGAAACCCUUCUGUGAAACCAAGAAGAUGUUUUGGUCGCAUUGUGGGAGGUUGCAUUUCAAAUCCACACUCAUGGCCUUGGCAAGCCAGUCUGCGUACAAGUUUCCACAUCCACUUCUGUGGAGGAACUCUGAUUGACCCACAAUGGAUACUCACUGCUGCUCACUGUUUGGAAAGAUCCACAAGACCAUCUGCAUACAAAGUAUAUCUUGGCAUACAAACUGAAAAAGCAUUGGAGGACACUAAGCAGGUGUUUGAUGUUGAGAAACUGGUUUUGGGGCCAAAUGGAGUAGAUAUUGCUUUAAUUAAAUUAGCCAGACCUGCUAUUAUCAACAAAGCAGUCUUGCCAGCCUGCUUGCCGAAGAAGGACUAUAUGGUACCAACAGGAACAGAAUGUUAUGUGACUGGCUGGGGUGAAACAAAAGGUACUGGUGGUGAUGGUUACCUUAAAGAAACAGGAUUCCCAGUUAUUGAGAACAAAGUAUGCAAUCGACCAGAAUUUCUUGCAGGUCGUGUGAAGUCUUAUGAAAUGUGUGCUGGGACCAUUGAAGGCGGUACUGACAGUUGCCAGGGUGACAGCGGUGGUCCACUUGUUUGCAACAUGGACACUGCCUUUGUUCUUCAGGGAGUGACAUCCUGGGGCAUAGGCUGCGCAAAUGCCAUGAAGCCAGGAGUCUAUGUGCGAGUAUCUAACUUUGUUGACUGGAUUGAUGCAACCAUUAAAAAGAACUAGCAAAAAAGCAACUUAAAAUUCUAGGAUGCAAGUCCAAGGCCCUAAUUUCAUUAUAAAUUGUAUAUUGUAAAUAAGGUCCACUUUGUUUAAGAGCACCUCUGAAAGAGUCACAGAGACCUUGGCAGUAACUUCCACGGUGUUGUUGUCCCUUCUUUUUUUCUUUUUGAAGUAGAAAGGCCUUUCUGUGUAGAAAUGUGUCUACUGGAAUUUUUUUUUUUACUUAUUUAGUUAUGGUGAGCAUCUGAAAUGUAAAAAAAAAGCUAACAAAAAGAGGGCCCACACAUAAUAAAUAAAGAGGGAGAUAAAAUGACUAUAAACUAAAAAUCAAACAAAGCACAAGAAAUUGGAAAUUGAUUAAGCAAAGAAAUAUUGUCCUACUUAUUGUUAAUACAUUAAUAUUGUUGCCAUGCUUGACCAUGUUUCUGUGUUCAGUAUGUUCUCAUACAAAUUCAUUGAUUUCAGUGACUCUUUUUGCACUACAUAGACAGCACACAUUUUUAUCUUUAAUGAAAAUAGUAAAGUUUUCAUUACAUUUUUGAGGCCACAAUCUGUUUUAUAUCAGCAUUUAGUUCUUUGGACCUCUCAAUGAAUAAAGACAUACUAAGAAAUAAAUUG